AUGAAGAAAUAUAUCCAUUUGCCACUUCGACGUGGCAACAAUUCAUUGCUCCUAUCAAAUUUGGAGGGCCACUACUAUCGUGGUGACGUGGUGGUGUUGGUUAAGCGUCAUCCCUUUCGCACUCGAACAAUCCAAGGAACAACUUCAAUGGCGGGGCUCGGUUCCUGUUUCACCACUACGACACUGCCUCUCAGAAGCAAAUAUCAGACACCUUGGUUGCAACUUGAGAUUCAGUUUGGAAGAUCCAUCCCAGGGAACUUGAGUCGUCCAAGAAAGUUGGGGAUUAGAGCAGAAGUGGAUUAUGUUAAUGUUGAAGAAGCAAAGAAACUUAUAGCUUCUGAGGGAUAUGCCAUACUUGAUGUGCGGGACAAAUCUCAAUAUGAUCGAGCUCAUAUAAAAUCUUGCUACCAUGUUCCUCUUUUCAUUGAAAACCAAGACAAUGACCUUGGCACAAUCAUAAAGAGGACUGUGCACAACAACUUUUCUGGUUUAUUCUUUGGGCUACCAUUUACUAAGCUCAAUCCUGAUUUCGUGCAAUCUGUGAAGAGUCAGUUUUCUCAAGAAAGUAAACUUCUAGUUGUCUGUCAGGAAGGGUUAAGGUCUACUGCAGCAGCUGACAAGCUUGAGAAUGCUGGUUUUCAAAACAUAGCAUGCAUCACCAAAGGACUUCAAGCUGUAGAGCCAGGAACAUUUGAUUCAGUAGGCUCUACCGAGUUGCAAAACGCUGGCAAAGCUGGUUUGGUCACUGUGCAAGGCAAGAUAUCAGCCGUUCUCGGAACUGCACUUAUCUGUGCAUAUUUGUUCAUCACCUUCUUUCCAGAUCAAGCAGAGAAAUUGCUUCAGCUGGUCCCUGCAAGCUAGGACUUGUGACAAGUCAAAAUUUUGCAGUUUCUCUUGAUUACCUAUGAAAAGAAGUUAAAAUGGUUGAGCUUGUUAUUAACAUUAUUAUUCUUAAAUCCUUGUAAUAUAAAAGACGGAAAUGGAAAUCCCUGAAUCAAUUGCCAAGAAAAUUAGUGCUUUCCUUUA